AUGAUUCGAUUGGUGAGCGGUGACGACAAAUGGAGCGGCCAAGUGGAAAUCUACCGCCAUGAUGCUUGGGGUGCAGUCUGCGAUAGCAGUUGGGAUAUGAAGGACGCCACCACCGUUUGUCAUCAGCUCGGCUUCAUCGAGGCUCUGGAGACUAAAACGGGGUUGUCCAGCCGAGAGAGUGACCGGCCGAUCGUGAUGAAUCGAGUCGCCUGUACUGGAACUGAACGACGGCUGGCUGACUGUCCGUUUGUCUGUACCGGCUCUCAGCAAUGCAGCAGCUCAACUGUAGCAGGAGUCGUUUGUAAACCAAGACCUGAUGAGCUUCGGUUGGUCGGCGGAUCUCGCACCAGCGGCCGAGUGGAGAUAUACCGUGGCGGCAGCUGGGGCACCAUCUGCGAUACAACUUGGAACCAGACUGAUGCGGGGAUCGUCUGCCGACAGCUCGGUUUUUCAGGCGUACUGGAGGCCAAGUCCGCUGCCCACUUCGGGCAGGGUAGCGGACCCGUCCAUAUGGACGGUGUGGCGUGCGAAGGCUCCGAAGAGAAAAUUACCGACUGCCCUUCCCACUGCUGGGAAGAGACAAGUUGUAGCCACUCACACGAUGCUGGAGUGAUCUGUAGUGAUGGAAACACCGUAACAACCAACAAGUGACGAAAGCUAAACCGCUCAAGCAACCGGGAAGGAUAGGACACCAUACAUCAUCAUUCACACUCAUCUCCUUGCAAAGGGACACUAUUUGUUUCAUGGUAUUUCGGACCAUCAAAGCGCCCCUCGUGAACUGCUGGUCGACUUCUUCUAUAGUCACGUGACUGGCCUGGGCCUAUAACCCGUACAUGCUGUAAAUACAUUAUAUGGAGAGUGGUACCUCGCUUCUCUUGGCAUUGUACAGUAUAUUAAUGACUGCGUAAUCUAUGACACCAGUCAAUGUUAACAGUGCGUACUGGCUAGAUGUAGUUUUGAGUCAGAGGCAGAAGCUUUCUUGUUGUCAAUGUAUGUUCGUGUGCAGCAUAUACAAUACGCAUAAAAAGCAUGCAACAAUCAUAGUCUCUUUGUUUGUUUGAAAAAUAUAUAUAUACAAAAUGAUAAUAAGAAAACACCAAAAAACUACACAAAAGACCACCCGAAAAACGGAACAGGAGUGGAAUCGAUAAUCAAUUAUAUUAUUGAACUUGCUUCCAUUUUGGACAUUUUCAAAGUCAGCUACUCAUAGUAGAAUGAGUCCAUUGAUAUCAAUACGUUCAAAUGAAAUCGGGGAACGAAAA